AGCCAUCAUGAUGACGUCCGCCAGACAGCAGUGGCAGAGCCCGAACGAAUUCUUGUUCGCUACGGUCGGCAUGUGCAUCGGCCUGUCCAACAUGCUGAGGUUCCCGUACGUCGUGUACCACAACGGAGGCUUGGUGUUCAUCAUGGUGUACGUGCUCCUAAUGGUCGUCGUCGCGUUUCCCAUGGUGCACCUCGAAGUCUUCCUGGGCCAAUUCAGCAGCCUCACAGUCCCGAGAGCCUUCGCCGGAUUCCCCAUGGCUAAAGGUAUCGGCUGGACCAUGCUGUACGUCAACUUAGCCUCGUGCUUGAACUGCGUAGCGAACGUUGUCCACGGCGCUUUCUACCUUUUCUAUUCUUUCUCCUCAACGCUUCCGUGGAACGCUUGUAAGAACAGCUGGAACGACGCCAACUGCUACGAAAAAGACUACAGGAAUGUGCCCUGCUUCCGCGUCAAUGUCACCUUGGCGCGCAAGUACUCCUCCCACAACUACACCGGCAAGGAUGCCCUGGCGAUCCACUCGGCCUCCGCUGGCGGUGGCACCGUAAUCGUUCCCGGCGCCGAGUACGAGGCCAUGCACAGCACCUGCGUCAACGGCACGCAGACCUCCACCGAGCAGUUCCUGCUAAAGAAAGUGUUGCGCCUCAGCUCCGGCAUUGAAGAGAUCGGCGACUUGCAUCCCGACAUGCUGCUGAUCAUCAGCCUGUGCUGCCUUGCCGAGUUACUCAGCAUGUUGAAAGGCGUUCGAAGCUACGCAAAGACGUGGCGAGCGGCUUCUCAGCAGCUUCUCUUCAGCAUGGGACUGGCUCUGGGCACGCUCACUGGCUACGGCAGCUACAAGCCGUUCGAGUGGCCGCUCUCAAUGAACAUCGUGCAGCUUGUCGGGGCCGACUUCUGCUUCAGCUUCUUCUCCGGCUGCAUGGUGUUCGCUCUGUACGGCCACGCCACCUUGCUCUAUGGCGUGGACUUCGACGACCUGGUCACUUCAGAUUACGAUUACGCCUUCGUCAUGUACCCGGAGAGCGUCAAGCACUUCCGCCACCCUGAGCUGUGGUGCAUCGCCUUCUACCUGCUCGUGUGCGUGCUAGCCUUCGACGGCUUGGUGGCGUUCGUGGAGAUAGGAGUGUCAACCUUCGUGGACGUCUACCCGUCGUUCAAGCCACACCGCCUGCUAUGCACCGUGACCACGUGCACCUUCAUGUAUAUUCUCUCCCUACCCGCGGCAACAGGCGGAGGUCUUUACGUCUUGAACUUGAUCGAUUACGUCACCUACAUAGACCUGGUGCCGUGGAUCGCGUUGGCUGAAGUCCUUCCUUCUAGUCAACGGAUACGGCGUCCUCCGGCUGAAUGACGACAUACAGUUUAUGACGGGGCAGACGCCGUCAACCUUUCUGCUCGUCUGCUGGCGAUACUGCUGUCCCGUGGCUCUCCUGACGAUCUGCCUCGGCUCGGUGAACGCCCAGAGGAAUCGGCUGCUGGACUACGUGUACCCAGCCUGGACCGGCGUCAUCCAGCUGGCCAUCGUCCUUUGCUGCGUAGUAGCCGUCAUCACGCAGGUUAUGCGCACCUUCGCGGAGAACGGCCACGACAUAUACGCAGCGAUGGAGCCGGAGCGCGGCUAUGGUCCCUCGGACCCCGAGAUCUUCGCUCGCUACCAGAGUGCGCUGCCGGGUCGCAACGUGAUCCCGUUGACGAUCACCACAGACGCAAGAGGAGGAAGGAGAGGCCUCCCGGACACUUCCAUGUCUGUCUGCCCGAUCAACGGAAGCGAGCCAGCCUCUCGCUGAAAGCGAGCCAUUGAACCUGGCCCCGGGUCGCUAAACCACACUAUAUUUGGCAGCUAUCUGCGACUGCAACUUGUUCAAAAAGAAUGG